UGCCAAGAUUGAAAGACAAGAAACCUGAUUUGCCCAGUUAUAAGAAAGGCGAUCAAGAUAAUUUCUUGCGACACUCAACUUUAGUUUGAGGUUAUUUUAUUAUAUAUCUGCAGAAAAUCCCAGUGGAGCUAUGGCAUGGAGACUUCAGAUUCUUGGUUUUCUUCUCAUAAAUUUGGCUCUACUGGCGUGUAUAUGUGCCACUGCACAGGAAGAAAAUUGUUCCUAUACAUUAGAGGUGGAGACAUCAUGUUAUCCACUUUCAGGGACAGACGAGCGAGUGCUUGUGAGGUUUGGGGACAAAAGCUUUUAUGAAAAAAACAAAACCGAGAAAAUCCCAGUGGAUAUGGCAUGGAGACUUAAAUCCGUUUGGUUUCUUCUCAUAAAUUUGGCUCCACUGGCGUGCAUCUGUGCCAUAACAAAGGGAGAAUGCCCAUAUAUAUUAGAGGUAAAGACUUCAAAACGGACUCUGGUUUAUUAUGAUCCAGGUACGAAAGACCAUGUUCGUGUGAGAUUUGGAGACAAAAGCCAAAGUGAGGUGAUGGAUCGUCAUCUGAGUGAGCCUUUUGAAGGAAACAAUCAACAGCCAUUUGAGGCAGAUAACACUGCUAAGUUUAAUAUAAGUGGCACCUGUGUAGAAAGUGAUGUGUGUUAUCUCUAUUUUAAAGUAGAGGGAACAGAUAAGUGGAAACCUAAUCAUGCUGUAGUAUAUAGUGGAGAAAUGAAUUCUACAUUUUACUUUAAGGACAGAUACAUGCCUGAGAAUUCUUGGGAUGGCCAUGACUUUUGGGAAGAAAGGGAGCAGUUAGCUUCUUUUGCAGUAGAAGAUUCAAUGUAUCAGAAGACCCAGAACACUAAUAAAAAGCCUUGUAAGAGACCAGGAGGAAAGUCUGGCAAGAAAUGUACUUGAGUCUUCAUAACACAUCAGAGAUUCUGGUGGUUAUAGUUAUGUGAGGUUAAGACGACUGAAUUGGUAUGUAAAAGUUAUACAUGGGAUAAUCCUAUGGAUAUUGUCUGAGUAUUUUAGGAUAUGAAAAUAGUAUUGUAUAGAUUAAUCUUUUUUCUGGCAUUUUCUAAGCUUUUUUUUUUAAUAUUUCAAUAUUAAUUAGCUAUUGUAGAUC